UGUGUUUGUGCGCGCGUGUGUGUAAAGAGAGCUAACACACACUACACACACUUAACAUUUGGACACAACAUGGCGAUGAGGCGCCGAGAGACACGACGACUCUUCCCCGACUAACACAAGCACGUUAUGUUUAUAGGGAAGCACCGUGCAGGGAUAAGUGAAAGAGGACAUUUGAUGUGAUUUGCAGUAUAUGCAUGUAGCUUAUAGCGGUCAUAUAAAGCACACACUGCUUUACACCGCUGCUGGAAAUCAAAAGCUGUACAUGGCGGUGGAGAAUAUCUGGAUCUUCUGUCUACUUUCCCUGGCUUACUGUGGACUAUCCGUGCAAGAGAAGCCCCUGUCAGUAGAGCUGAGCUGUGGUGCUGGUCCUGUCCAUGUGGUUCUGGAGCCUGACCAACCUCUGCUGCUGGACUGCCACCUGGGGGCCAAUGAUCCACCACUUAACGUGACCUGGCUGCGAGAUGGAGUGGUGCUCACUGAGGGUCAGUACAUCCGCCCUUUGCCCAAUGGCUCCCUGCUUAUCCUGCCCUCCACCACAGAUGGCCAGGCUCCGGUGGGUGUGGAGGGCGGAUACAGCUGCCUUAGUACCAGCUCGACAGGAGCCCUGACCAGCCGGGCUAUCAGCAUCCAUCUCGCAAGCAUGUCUCAUUUUCUUCAAGAUCCUGAACCACAGGUUGUGCCAGUGGGUGGCACUGUCCGGUUUGAAUGCUAUGUGGAUGGUUUGCCUACCCCAAGUAUCACCUGGGAGAAAGACCAGGCACCCUUACCUGCCCAUGUUGAUGCUGCACAACCAUCUAGGUACAUAUCUCUCCCUAACGGGGUGCUGCAGAUUUUAGGAGUCACUAAGGAAGAUGAAGGCAUGUACCGCUGUGUGGCCUUCAACACUGCCAGCAAGCGCUUUAGCCAAGAUGCAUCUCUCACAGUCAGUUCAGGUCUGUCUCAGGAGAGCGAGGUGGUGAUUGUUGCUCCACCACGAAACUCUACGGUGGUCAUGGGUCGGCCGGCUGUAAUGGAGUGCAUGGCUCAGGGUGAGCCCAAACCGUUCGUUUCGUGGAUCAGACAGGAUGGGAAGCCUAUAGCUACAGAUGUGGUUGUCUUGGCAACCAACCUAGUAAUUCCUGACACCCGCAGCCACCAUGCUGGAGUGUAUGUGUGUCGUGCCAACAAACCCAAGACCAGAGAUUUCAUCUCGGCCCCUGCUGAGCUUCGAGUACUAGCUCCACCGGUCAUCCUUCAGCCUCCAGAGGCAGUGUCUCUAUCUCGUGGGAAUACGGCUCGCUUUGUGUGUAACAGUUCUGGUGACCCUCCCCCUGCCCUGCGCUGGUUAAAGAAUGGAGAACCGGUCCAGUCCAAUGCCCGAGUUAAGACUCAGAACCCUGGAGUUCUGCUUAUUAACCAGCUGCGGCUGGAUGAUGCAGGGUACUAUCAAUGCAUUGCUGCCAACAGCCUGGGCACGGCCUGCGCCACUGCCAAGCUCUCUGUCAUUGUGAGAGAGGGGUUGCCCAGCCCCCCACGUCACGUGUUGGCCACACCCCACUCAAGCACGUCUGCACUGCUCACCUGGGAACCACCUGAACACAACAGUGACCAGAUUAUUGGCUUCUCUGUGCACUAUCAGCGCACGGCAGGCUUGGACAACAUGGAGUAUCAGUUUGCAGUGAAUAAUGACACGACAGAGAUGCAUGUAAAGGAACUGCUCCCUCACACGGCCUACACCUUUUAUGUAGUAGCCUAUUCGCCAAUGGGGGCCAGCCGUCCGUCACAGACCGUUACCGUAGAGAUGCUAGAGGAUGUUCCCAGUGCCUCCCCCCAGUUAUCUCUGCUGAGCACCUCUUCUACUGAUAUCAGAGCCAUGUGGCUGCCCCUUUCCUCUCAGCAGAGUCGUGGAGCCAUCACACGCUAUCGCAUUGACUACAGGGCAUUGGAGCAGGCGGAUCACAUAUACUCUGUGGAAGUGGGUGGCAAUGAGACACAGGUAACUCUGAGGGACCUAAAACCAAAUCAAACUUACCAGCUGCGGAUAGCCGCAGGAACACGUGCCGGGUUCAGUCAGCCUUCUGAGUGGGCCACACACCACACACCAAACCUUACUCAGGUGCUCUUUGCUCCUACUGAGCUCAAAGUGAGAGCCAAAAUGCAUUCCCUCCUCGUCACAUGGCAGCCACCACCCAAUCACACACAGAUCACCGGCUUUAAGCUUUCCUGGCGGGAGAUGGAUGGAGAGGAGUCGGCCAAUGAGGAAAACCCUGUGAUCAGUGAGAGGUUCCAGAUGGGUCAACAGAUCAAACUGAGGAAAAGAGUGAAACAUUAUGAGGUCACAGGCCUCUCUCCUGAUCGGCUAUAUGAGGUGAAGGUCUGGGCAUUUAAUAAACAGACUGAAGGGUAUCCUGCUGUCUGGCAGGGCACAACAGAAAAGUUCACAGAUCGAGUGCGGACUCCAGAAGCUCUCCCGCCGCUGCCGCCCAUCAGCGUCAGAGCCCGCGCGAACAGUUCCACCUCCAUCUGGCUUCGCUGGGAGAAGCCGCGCUUUAGCAGCGUGCGCAUCAUCAACUAUACUAUACGCUGCAGCCCAGCAGGAAUACGCAAUGCAUCGCUGGUCUCAUACUAUACCAGCACUUUUCAGGAGAUUUUACUAAGAUCACUAAAGCCUUUUACCAGCUAUGAAAUGGCUGUGCAGUCUAAUGGAGUUGAUAUGAGUGGACCCUUCAGCAGCACAGUGGAAGAGUCCACACUUCAAGACAAACCAUCCUCUCCUCCUGUGGACAUGCAGUUAAGUGCACUGGACUCAUUCUCUGUUCUGGUUAGCUGGCGCCAUCCACUGGAGCCAAAUGGUAUCAUUUUGACUUACUGGAUCCUCUACACUGGGAACAUUAGCAAUCCGGACCACCUGUGGAAAAAUGUCACACACGAUGGUUCUGUCACCAACGCUGAGGUCCAGGGCCUGUUGAGUGGCAGACGUUAUUAUUUUAAGAUGGGGGCCUGUACUGAAGUGGGGGUGGGACCAUUUUCCCCUGUAAAGGAUGUCUAUACUCCCCCAAAGAAAUACGAGCUGGAUAUCCACGCUGUGACUGGUAUCAUUGUUGGGGUGUGUCUUGGUCUUCUCUGCAUCCUGCUCUGCAUGUGUGUCAGUCUCCGCAAUGGAAAAACAAGGGAUGUGUCUGGUGUACUCGACUCCAGUUCUUUAAGCCCUCAUUACAGGAGAGGGACCCGGGGCCAGGUGCCUGCUGCCACACCCGACUGCAGUGACUGCCAUGAGAUGGAAACACUCAUGCCGCCUAGUGCACAAGACCCCGCCAGAUCUGUCACAGAGCCCAGCGAGGAGCAGAGGCUCAUGGGAGAGACUGGCGAUGGCCCUCCAGAUUCUAAGCCAGCUUGGAAUGGAUCCGUGAGUCGGAACUGGGCAAACCGGAUCACAAGAUACAGAGAUACUAUAACUGAGGAUUCUUCUGCUCUCAUCAACAGAGCUCUAGAAGGACCAACAUCAGAGAACAGUAAGAGUGGGCAUGAUGACAUGCUGUAUUCCCUCAGCAUGAACCAGGUGGAGGCUGAAGUUAUCGUGCAUUCACAGCUGUCUAACACAACAGUUGACCAGGGUCCACAAAGCGACAUGGAGCUCCAUCCCGAGUCUCCAUCUUCCCAUCACCCUUCUCCUGGAGAGAAGGCAACUCCGUCAUCCCCUCGCCCGCGUCACGGCACCCCCCCUCCGCCCUGUGCUCACAGCGAGGACAUCCGCGAAACUCAAUCUUCAUCUCCAAUACCCAGCACGCACAUCUCUGAGGUACUGUCCAAUCACAAUGGACCAUAUGACAGCGGGCUCAGCCAGCAGCCACCAGUGGGCGGUGCCAAAAACCAAGGAGUGGGGCUUACUAAUGGGUUCCACUCGCCAAAACCCCUUCGGCUGAAGGCAGAAACUCUGGAGAAUGGGGCCCACAGACUGUGCCCGGCGGGGAAGGUCAUGCCCACACCGGGUCUCCCCCCUUCCCCCUCAUCCUUCACCGGCUCUGGCUUUGUCUGUUCUACCUCAGGGGCACAUAGCUACGUGUACCCCUAAGCUGGAAGGAAGAGAUUUUUAAAAAAGACAGCGUUCCCAUUAUUCUGGGAGAGGGUUAAGAAGAGGAGACUUUAACUAUGCUGGAGAAAUUUAUGUUUUCUCGUAGCCUCCUCUCUUGGCUCAAUUUUACUAAAACCUUUUGGUUCCAUUAUUUUAUAUGUAUGUACAUACAGAAUAUUUUUUUAGCACUAGUAUCCAUAGAUAUGCAUUUUAUGGCAUAUCAGUGGCACACUUUAAUCCCUCUUUUCCUGCAUGUACAGAAUGUGAAGAAAUGGUAUAUGUUUACAUGCAUACGACUCGAAGGAUCCUGAGGAGACCGCAGUGCUGGGAUCAGCUGUGGAGAACUCAUUCACGGUUGAACGUAAUGGAUUGAUUGGAGAAUAGCACUAUCAGUGCUAGCAGGUGUAAACCCAUUCUGUCAGAGAGAACCCAUUACCCUGCCACAAAAAAACACCUCCUGCUGUCUCAGGGUCACCGCCCUCCCCCUCACCUACCCAAACACACACACAGGUCUGUGCUUCAAAAACAGCUCUUCCAAAAAAUACCACUGCAUGUAUACUGAACCUAAAUACGACACAAAAACACAUUCCCUGACUAGAGCUCAAGUCUCAGGAGUUUAAAAUUUAAGGUGCAUUUAUCAAGGUCUAUGUGAAUAUAUAUAUACAUUCAGAAGACGUGUUGAAAUGAGGAAACCGUAUACAUUUUAACUUUUAAAACGGACGUCACGCUGAUUCAUGCUCCGAGUUUCUCUCAGUCAACAGCACUACCUCAUUUCCUCACAGGAUUAUUCUUUCUGUGUGAUUUUAAUGAGUUUCAUUAAGAAGGCGACUUCUUAAAUCCGGUUUAUGAACCGUCUAAUUCAUAGCCUUUGAUAACAGCAGAAUGUACUGCCUUUCUCACCUUGUGUCUGUAUUCUUCUGUAGUAACUGUUACUGAAACUUUUGUCUCUGGUUAUUAGCCUGUGUGCAGGCAUGCUGUCGUCGGCUUGUUCAGUUCGUGCUAUUCUUGCUAACAUGGCUUGUUCGCAACGGUUUUGCAAUAUACUCUUCAGCUAAAAGGGAUAUAAACAGGAUGAAAGGCUAACCACAUGAUUUAACCUGAGACCUCGGCAUUUGUGUCCAUAAGAUCUACCUGUUGACUCGCCAGUCAUUUCUUUCUCUCAGGGAGCUCUUUGCAGGGAGUUCGAGAACAUUAGGAAACAGUCAAACUAGGAAAUAAGCCUCCAUUUCUCAGACAGCUUUUAUCCACAUGUUAUAAUUUGUUUUAUCGCCAAAUGCAUUGGGUUCAUUUGGAAAUGUACAUAACUUGAGUCCUCCAUGCAGAAAUCAUGCUGCUGUGAGCAGGGUCUGUAUCUCUAUCGCGCUUCCUUUAUAUGCAUUAUUUAAAGUUUCUUUUAAGGAAAGUACGUAUGUAUUUUAUGUUUAUAUGAAAUGAAUUUUACGCAAUCAAAAAAAAAGUUUUCAACUGAUUUUCUUUAAUAUUAUUUCAAUAGCAAACAUCGCUGAAUAGUGAGUUGGUGCUAGAGCAACACCAGGUUCUUUUAAGAUGAUCUUUAAAACAUUCCAUGUAUGUACGUCAGCAGGCCAAACUCAGGGCUGUUCAUUUAGAUAAAGAUGGUGAAUGUCUCAAUUACUACGACUACUUUUAUUCAAAUGUAUCUCACACGGCAUCAGUGUAUAGUUGUCAGUCAUUGCUGGGUCUGUAUUGAUAUACUGUAUGUGGCCAGUCAACAGUUCAUCCUUGCUCUGUAGCUUCCUGUAAAGUUCAUGCUUUUUACUGCGAUUAUAACGUAGCUGAUUGUUACACCUCCUACGAGUUCAGAAUGUUUGCUGUAGAGUUAAACUGUAGAAAUGCAACCAGAAAACACGAAGCAUUUUCUCAUAAAUGCAAAUGUUAUUUUACAC